GCCAAUCACUGAUCGAGCUGCCUGUCCCCGGCGGUCCGUGGAUAAUGGCGACCGCCCCCCUGCGAAGCAAGAGGGAAGUCAUGAGGCGGCGCGGUGCGUGGCUCGGCUGCCAUUUCGGGCGAUACAAACACUCCGCCAUUUUGGCAGGCGCUGCGCUGGAGACUUUCCACUGCAGACAGCCAGGAAUUCGGGUGGAUCUUUGCAGCGAAAGUUGUGAGGUGCGCCACCCAGGUGACAGGUGAAUGUCAGGGCAGGAUUCUGCCUCUGCCCCUCCCCCUGGGGAGGCAGGCCAUGACCUGCCCGAGGGGGAGGGGACAGCGGAGGGGCCAUCUCUGGCCAUGCCGCUCAACCUGCAGCGACUGGAGAGAGCCUUACAGAUGGAGCCUUUCCUGUCACACGUGCAGGGGAUCCUGACGGAGGACAUCGCUAUCAGUGAUGACAGCAGUGAUGGAGGAGAGGAUAAGCUGCCAGUCCCCAAUCAGUCAGGAGACGGUACCGGGGAGGUAGACCAGCAUACCAAGAUACUCAACGGGGUGAUUGACCCUCCAGAUGUGAAGGAAGAGCGCUCAAGGCAUUACAACUUCAGCAAAGUGAAGAAGAGCAGGAAAUGGCUGAAGAACCUUUUGGUGAGUGACAGCUCGGACUCGGAGUCAGAGGACCAGCCAAUCAGUGAGGAGGAGUACCACAGCAUGCUGCGCCUCCACAAGUACAUGAGGACACAUCAGAACAGGUUCUACACGGACAGGGAGAACAUGCAGUACCAGUACUACAGCACAGGGUUACUGUCCAACUAUGACAAGUUCCACGAGCAUCAGCGCUUCAUCCUGGGACCCAAGAAGAAACGAAAAGAGGACAAGAAGCUGAAAGCCAAGAUGAAGAAGCUAAAGAAACUGGAGAAGAUGGAGAUGAAGAAGAUGAAGAAGAAGUCUAAAGAACCUGAGGAGGAAGAGGAGGGGAUGGAGCUUGCUGACUUGGAUGAGGAGACGGUCCAGGCCCUGAUCCAGGAAGCUGCCAAACGCAGACGGACUCUCACCCUGAAGGAGGCAGACGCACGUCGGCGCAAAGUCUGGCUGGCCAUCUGCAAGAAGGAGAUCAAUAAGGCUCAGAGACAAAGGUCAUCUGCACACAACAACAUGCUGUCCAAUUGUAGAAAGAUGGCUCAGCUUUGUCAGAAAGAGGUGCGUAAAGCUGCCAUGCAGUCCCAGAGAGUUUGUAAAGAGACACCACCAAGGGCUCGCCGUCUGACCCGAGAGAUGCUCGUCUUCUGGAAAAAGUAUGAGAAGGUGGAGAAAGAACAUCGCAAGCGGGCAGAGAAAGAGGCCAUGGAACAACGGAAGCUAGAUGAUGAGCUCAGAGAGGCUCGUCGCCAGCAGCGGAAGCUGAACUUCUUGAUCACCCAGACGGAGCUCUAUGCUCACUUCAUGGCAAAGAAGUUACGUGGGGAGAUAGACUCACGGCAGGAGGAAAUCCUCAGUCAGCUGGAAGACAAAGUGCCCCGUCGCCAAGUCCAGGUGCAGGGCAGAGUCAUGGAGCUGGAAGUGGAUGACUAUGACAGUGAACUGAUGAAGGCAACCGCUCUUCGGAAUGCACAGGAGGCUUAUGAUGCCCACCAGGCAAAGAAACGUGCCUUUGAUGAAGAAGUCGCUGCUUCUAAACGUUCCAAUCAAGAAAAAUUUGACGAAACCUUCAGCCUGGCUAACCCCAUGAUGGCGAAAGGUGAUCUCUCCCAACCCUCGUUUUUCAACGGUCAGCUCAAGGCCUACCAGCUCAAGGGUUUGAACUGGCUAGCCAAUCUGUAUGAUCAGGGUAUCAAUGGCAUCCUUGCAGAUGAGAUGGGGUUGGGGAAGACUGUUCAGAGCAUCGCUUUCCUCGCACAUCUGGCAGAGCGUGUGGGGAUAUGGGGGCCCUUCCUGGUCAUCGCCCCGGCUUCAACACUCCACAACUGGCAGCAGGAGUGCAGUCGCUUUGUACCAAAGUUUAAGGUGCUGCCAUAUUGGGGCAACCAGCAUGACAGGAAAGUCUUACGAAAGUUCUGGAAUCAGAAGCAGCUGCAGAUGCACACGGAGGACGCGCCCUUCCACGUGCUCAUCACCUCCUACCAGCUGGUGGUGCAGGACGUCAAGUACUUCCAGCGCAUCAAGUGGCAGUACAUGGUGCUGGACGAGGCGCAGGCCAUCAAGAGCAGCGCCAGUGUCAGGUGGAAGAUCCUGCUGGGCUUCAGCUGUAGGAACAGGCUUCUCCUGACUGGCACACCCAUACAGAACACCAUGGCAGAGCUUUGGGCCCUGCUCCAUUUCAUCAUGCCCACCCUGUUUGACUCUCAUGAGGAGUUCAAUGAAUGGUUCUCCAAGGACAUUGAAGGUCAUGCUGAAAACAAGUCAUCCCCAUUGGAUGAGAAUCAACUGUCCCGCCUCCACAUGAUCCUCAAGCCAUUCAUGCUCCGCAGGAUAAAGAAGGAUGUAGAAAAUGAGUUGUCAGACAAGAUUGAGAUCCUGGUGUACUGUUGUCUGAACCUGCGCCAGACCAUGCUCUAUCAGGCCGUCAAGAACAAGAUUUCCAUCGAGGACCUUCUUCAGUCUUCCGCCGGCUCCUCUUCUCAGGCACAGUCCACAACCUCCAGCCUCAUGAACCUUGUCAUGCAGUUUAGAAAGGUGUGCAAUCAUCCUGAGCUGUUCGAGAGGCAGGAGGCCCGAUCACCCCUCUUCAUACAGCCAGACGCUUUCAUCCUCCCAAAACUUGUAUAUAGGCAAGGAUAUGUAGAUAGUGUAUCAUACAGCAAGAAUAGGUACAUCUACAAUAUGCUAUAUGCAUUCUCUGCGGAGAAUGUGCAUCAUAGUCUCUUUCCUCCUAAGAAGGGCUCUACCAAAGACAUUCAUUCAGACAGCACGUUCUCGUUCCUCCGGUUCAUCAACACAUCGCCAGCAGAGGCGCACAGCCUGAUGCUGUGUGGACUGCUGGUCAGGUGGCUGGCGCUGUACCUGACACUGAAGGAGGCCUACAGGAUACACCAUCGCAGAGAGUGGCAUGCGCAGGCUGGCCACAAAAGCAGAUGUCUGGACAGGAUGGCACUUUUGUUGUCACCAUCCUUCCGUCUGUCAGCGCCGGAGAUCGCCAGCAGUACCGUCCUCAAGAACCUCGUCUUCACGAGCUACACUACAAACUUCAUCAGCCACAUGCAGCAAACCAUCCACUUCAUCCCUGAAACACCUGGACACAGAAAAAGGAGACUUAGCAAGAUCCGACACCUCUCCGUAUCUCACGGCAGCAAAUCGGGGUUGACGUCGCCCACACGGGCGCACCCCAACCCCCUGUCCCCCACCAGGAGAGCCUCUCACUCCUCCCAGCAACCCGCAGCCAACCCCGCCCGCAAGCUGUCCAGCCCCACCCACACGCCAACCUCCCCAAGGCCUAGAAGACAUCCCAGUGGUAGUGCCAGCAGCGGAGAGAAGACGGCCCCCCACCCCAAGUCCCCCACACGGCACCACCUGCUCCUGCCAAGGUCGGCAGGUGCUUCAGGGGCCAUCCCAGCCCCCGCAAUGGCCAGCCCCCCUCCCCGCUUCGUCCCUCGCCCCUCCAUCCGCAGGGAUUGUGUCCCGUGUGCUGCUCCUGCCUUCCUCACGAACAUCAUUCCAAAGGUGACCAGUCCCUGCAGGCUGUGGUACAGCAGCGAUCGCAGCGCUGGCUACGACAUACUGCGACAGCAGCUAGGUGGCGCUCCUAGUGCCAGGCCAACUGUACUGUACGGGACACCAGAACUGUACCACCAGCACCGUCAAGGGGGGUGGCUGUUCCCUCCCCCACCAGGGGGUCUGGCUGCCGUGGAGCUGGCCUGGGGUUGGUCCAAUAUACAGAUUCCAGGAGUUCAUGUGGCACAGGAAGCACACCUACAUGAGGCUGGACGGCUCGUCCAAAAUCUCUGACAGAAGGGACAUGGUGGAGGACUUCCAGCAGAGGUCAGACAUCUUUGUGUUCCUGCUGAGCACCAGGGCAGGUGGACUGGGCAUCAACCUGACUGCAGCUGAUACGGUGAUCUUCUACGACAGUGACUGGAACCCUACAGUGGAUCAGCAGGCCAUGGACCGCGCCCAUCGCCUGGGUCAAACCAAACAGGUGACUGUGUACAGGCUGAUCUGUAAGGGCACCAUAGAGGAGAGGAUCCUGCAGAGGGCCAGGGAGAAGAGUGAGAUUCAGAGAAUGGUGAUCAGUGGAGGGAAGUUUUCACCCGACACCUUGAAACCAAAGGAGGUUGUCUCCCUGCUACUAGAUGAUGAUGAGCUGGAGAAAAAAUUGCGUCAGCGUCAGGAGGAGAAGCGGCUUCAGGAGGAGGCGAUCAAAGCCAAGGACAGGAAGAGGAAGAGGGAGAAGUACGCUGCUGACAAGAGGAGAAGAGAGGCUGCAAAGAAGAAGAAGGAAGAUGUGGUUACUAUGGAAACAGCAGGGGAGCUGCUCCUCCCAUCUCAGGAGAACUCUAACCUGUCCAACCCAUCCAUGGACACCCCCGAAGGCUCCCUCAUCAGUGCAGACGACUCAGCUGUGCCUAGUCCCCUUGCCCCCAGCGAGAUGUCUGUUGGGAGUGAGGCAACGAUGACAGGUCUGCCGCAGGAUGACAGCAGCAACGACGGGCUGCUGAUUGUGGACGACCUGCCACCGCAGCAGUCAACACUGCAGCAGCAGCCUGCACUGCAGCCUGCAGUGACCCCUCCCCCUCAAGUGCAAGAAGCGCCUGCAGACAAGCCUGCCGCAGGGGCCAAGGGGAAAGGUUCCGCCCGUGGUAGGGGUCGCCCCAAAUCCAACAAAAACACUCCGGCUAAGGGAGGGAACAAGGCUGCCGGUCGUAGCAGGAAGAUCAACGCUAACAGUGCUGCCGCGAUGGCCGGGGCUCGAGCUGGAGCUGCUGCAGCUUCUGUAGCAGCCUUCCAGGCGUAUGGCUUCCAGUUCUCAGGAGGAGGUGGGACCACAUCAGGAGCAUCACCUGGAACGCCUCCCUUGCUGAGACCACCUGUUUUCACACCCCCGCCCAGCAGAAUGGCAUCAUCCCACAACACACAGCCUGGAUCGUCCCUCUUCUCCCAGGGGGUGGGGCAGGGUGGCCCCUUCAGCCAGACUGUCAGAAACAAAGGUCCCAGCCCCAGCCAAUAACAUCAGUUAUGGGGAAGAUAUACUCUGCACAAGACAGACCUGGUCUCCUUCUUCAGGUGUUUACUUCUGAUAUAUGUACAAGCAAUUGACAUGAACUGCUGGUACAGUACAGAAGUGGCCGUUGCCCCUUUUACAGGAGAUGUAUCACCUCCUGAUUGGUGCGUUUUCGAACUUGGACACCUAAUCAUGCUGCAAUGCCUCCAAACACCAUAACUCACGAUCAUACAAUACAGCAAUGGUUGCUAUUGUAUAUAUAACAUUGGCAUGAGGGGAGGUGCACUCUUCCACAAAGUGAAAGUGUGUUAAAGACAUAAUGUGAUUUGUAAGAUGACAAGAACACAUUUACUGAGGUCAUGAUCACGUGCCAAUGUAAGAAGAUUGGAGAAAUGAACUUAACUUAUAUGCAAUCUUCAGACACACACACAUCUUAUUUAUUCAGUAGGGUCUCUUGGGGGAUGGGCAAGCACUCUCACCUUCAAAUGUCAUCAAGGUCAACUAUUGUUACCUUUUCUUAAGGUCGCACCACAGAACUGUGGUGUAUAAUUAGAACUUGCACAGAACUUAUGAAAUUGAAAUUCAUUACUUAUUGGUACAAUAAAUUGGUACUGUAUAUUUUAUCUGUGCCGUCAGCAAACAUGGUGCAAUGCUGAAUAUGGAACAGCUCUGCAAAUUAUGUAUGUGUUUAUUUCCUUUUCAGUGUAUUCAAUGGUCCAUACCAUUGAGCUGAAUACAGUAGCUACCCAAAUGGUUAAAAAAUUUAAUGACCAGUUUACAUAGUCCUGAGUGCUCUAUGUGGUGAGCAACAACAGCUAAUGUAACAAAAUUGUACCAUUCAUGCUUUUUUUUACCAGAAAGGAUAAAUAAUGCAAACAUUGAGGCACUUUUUAUGAAGUCUUCCUGUUGGCACAGACUCAUUCCUUGUGUAGUAUAAUGACAACCUCCAGUGAGGGAGAGUGGACCUUUACCAGAGAAGAGUGUGAAAUGAAUGUCACCCCCCUGACAAAGCAGUGGUAGCUCCCGGCUGAACACAACAGGUGACAGGCACUACUGACAUAGAUGUAGGUGCAUCUAAUCGACAAGUAGGACGACGGAUGAAGCCAGGUGUUCCUUACCACCCACCCAGCAUGGGAAGGGGGAAAUGCAUUUACCUUUUAGCCAUGUUGGUAUAUGAUUUAUAAUCUAAGGAAAAUAGCUUGGAACAAAGAACAAUUAACCAAAGCAUUAAAUUUCUUUUAUCAAUUACUUGCAUAUUGCAUGUUCAUUUUCUACAUUUUCUUCACAAUCACCUGAUAACAUGUAAUGUGCCUCAGCCUUGUCCAAAUAUCAGGAUAACAGGCUGUAAUUUCACUCCACACAAGUGGUCAUCGUGUGCAGAUAGGUCCAUUACCAGCCACUGCAAGUUUUAUUGGCACUUAUUGGUAUUAUUACAGCUAUUUAUUUUGUCACACUGCCUGUAUGCCUGGCCCUACACGGAAUUGUUGGCAAUAACCAUUUUUGAAACCUUGUGAACAAUUCAUACUAUGUCCAGAUGGUCAGAAACGGUUAUACAGGGUCUGACAGGUGGAGUUGUUAUAGAAAUUCUAUGGUUUUCUAUGCUACUCAAACAGCCAUCUUUGUGUGUUUUAUUGUUGUACUUGGUAACUAUUCUCCUUUGUGUAAAUUGUUCUGUAGAAUUUAUCAUGAAAACUUGUUUGAGUUCUUGAACUGCAAUUUGCUAAAAAAAAAAGCUGCCACUUUUUGUCUUGGGUGGUAUUGUUUUGUAAGUGAAGGAUGUAUUUUGAAUGGUCCUUUCAAGGACACAGAAAAGUAUGGUUUUACAUGCUGUGUGUAGUUAACAAGAUGAAUAAGAAAACUUCUUAGUACCAUAGCAUUGAUACAAGAACUAAGGGUACAUUUUCAGGCAUGAAAAAAUGAAAUAUUUGACAAGCAUGUAGACACCAUACGUACAGGAACCGUAAUAAAUUUUGUUCAUAAUUUAUUUUCAUCAGAGCUACUUGAUAACUUGUGUGGUUACCUUUGUACACCAAGGCCAUACCUGAACAAUAUGAUGUUUAAGAGACUCACCUACAGUUUUGUAGCCUCUGUGUCCUAAAGAUUGGAAUGGUAUCAUUUCAGUUUUUUUUUAGGAAAGUCAUUUGCUCUCUACGGAAGUUUGGAAUAUUGUAAACAAGACAAGGUUCUGGCCCGAGAAGUUACGAUGAUGAUGAUGGCUGUGUUGUAAAUUAACUUGUGAAAAUUACUGAUGGUAUUGAAAAUGAAUUGUCUGUUGAAGACAGUAUGCAAUCAGGUCCUCUGUAAUAAACUGGUUGCCUGACUGAUA